UUCUUAGAUUUUAGAGAUGGUUUUGUGUUUUGAUUGAAUCCAGUUAUGUGUAUAUGUUUGGAAUAUAGCAGAUUUGGAUUUCACUUUCUUGAUUAGUAUCAGGAUCUCUCCCUUUUUCUCCAAAUUCUAAAAAGAGCAGAAUGUAGGUGAAAAAUAAUAAAAAACAGUGAAAAAGCUAUGCAAAGAGGGUUACCAAAUUGGGCUUAUGAAUAAAUACAAAACGUGUAAAGACAAGUGUAAAGCAAAAGAGCUACCCCUAAGAUUAAGUCCAAGCAAUAUACUAACAGGAUCCAUUGAAUAGGAGUCCAACGCAGUACUAACAGAACUAGAUGCUGCUGCAGGUAGCAAUUUACUUCUACCACCAACAUUGUAAGUCUGAAACUCUCUCUGAGUUAAAUAGAGGGGAUCAGCAAGAAUGAUUGUCUAUGCAAAGGAAUAGUAUCACUGUAUAGAGGAGCUGGCUGUCUGAGAAGGUGCUCUCUUUCCAAAUCCCUCUUGUGCGGGUCUAGAAGAUCAUAGGUGAUGGCUACUCAAAUGAAGAAUAUAUGUGUAAAUGAAUCAUACGAUUGUAAUCUUGAAGAAUGGUUGAUUAAACACAACACUGAUGCUAGGUGGUCAAGCAAGCACCACACAUGGAAUUUGGAUCCUACUAAAGCAUCUAUCAAUUGGAACUUAGAAUGGCCCACAUUGGAGACGGUGCAAUUGGUGCAGGGCAUGAUAACAGCUGUCAUAGAAUUUCAUGAUAAGAAUGGAAUUCACGGUUAUCUUCAUAAUCAUAAGAACUUUUUGUUGAAAUUUGGAAUUAAGUGCUAUUUAGGUGCACAUGUGAGAGACAUCAUUAAAGUUUUUAUUGUGCAUGAUGAUAAGUCAGAGAAAAAAAAUGGUGAUUUCAAAGAGAAAUCGAAAAAUGCUGAUGUGACUGAGUUGGCUAGCAUGAUUUGUUAUACCAUACUUGGUAAAGAGAUGCAAGAGUUACCUUCUGAUUGGAUUAACCUAAUUGACAGCGUUAAUAUGUUAUACAUGAUUGAUAAACAAAAAAAUGUUAUUCCAGUGGAAUUCGUGAAGAAUCAUCCAGCAUUGUGGCCAUGGCGAAGGAGAUUCAUGUUUUAUGAGGAAUGUUGGGUUCAAGCUACACAUAGGACGACUGACAGGCACAUAUCUCAAGGACAAACAGAUUACAUCUGCAAUUGGGUUGAAAAUAUUGCAUUAAGUAUCAAAUUUGUUGAUUGGUCUUCUACUAUUCCUGUGGAUACACCAAUGCGACGACUUUUUAAUGAUAUGUGUGGGCGGUCUAGAUUAAAAACAAAUAAUGGCUAUGAUCUCCUUCACUUUCUCAGGAUUUUUCAUCAUCACUACUGUGAUAGAGAUAAGUCGCAAAAUCUCAUUGUACAUCAAACGGAUAGCAAGAAUUAUGAGGAGGACGAAUUUAUCGAAAUUGUAACAACACAGUGUUUUCCAUUGUUUUUGGUGACCAUGUACAAAAUAUUAUGCACGUAUGAUUUAUUUUUUUAGGUAUGUGCUUCUAGAAUUUAAUGAGCUAUUAUUUCUUUUUGUAAUUAGAAUUUAUUAUAUUAAUGUAUCUUUUUGUGCAA